AUGAAUUUCAGCUAGCUAGCCACCGACAGAUGUCAAUACUCUUCGGUAAAACCAUCCAUGUCAAGACACAAGGAGCAUCUUCGAAGUCCUUCGCCGCUUCUCUGUGCUCAUAGAGGCGCUCCGGCCCGCUGUGACUCGAUCCUGCUGGCACAGUGACAAGAUCAGAAGACCUUGGCACCUGUGUGUGCCAGUUCAUUUAGAGAACCAGGGGUUUCUGAAUCCAGAAGAUGAACGGUCUGUCCAUACGAGAGCUAUGCUGCCUGUUCUGCUGCCCCCCUUGCCCCAGCCGCAUUGCAGCCAAACUGGCUUUCCUCCCUCCAGAGCCCACCUACGCCCUUCUCCCUGACCCAGAACCAGGUUCUGGAGCUGGAACUGCUCCUGGAUCCAGUUCCGGGGCUGCUCAGCCUUCUCUUGGAGCCCCAGGACUGCGUUCCCGGCUGGGCGCUGGAAGUGGAGCUGACAGAGGAGGAGGAGGAGGAGGUGGCGCUGGAGGUGGGGUUGGUGGAGGAGGUACUGGUGGAGGAGGUACUGGUGGAGGAGGGGGUGGAGGAGGAGCUGGCAGCGCCAGUGGCAGUGGUUGGAGUGAGGGCAAGUGGAAGCUUCAUCUUACAGAAAGAGCGGAGUUCCAGUAUUCUCAGCGAGAGCUGGAUCUGACUGAUGUAUUCCUGACCAGAUCUAGCCGAGGGAACAGGGUGGGGUGCAUGUACAUUCGCUGUGCCCCCAAUGCCAGGUUUACAGUGUUGUUUUCCCAUGGCAAUGCAGUAGAUCUGGGCCAGAUGAGCAGCUUCUACAUCGGCUUAGGCACACGCAUCAACUGCAACAUCUUUUCCUAUGAUUACUCAGGCUAUGGCGUUAGCACUGGCAAGCCCUCUGAGAAGAACCUGUAUGCUGACAUUGAUGCUGCCUGGCACGCCCUGCGCUCCCGGUAUGGCAUCAGUCCUGAGAAUAUCAUCCUGUACGGACAGAGCAUCGGCACGGUGCCCACAGUAGACUUGGCAUCACGGUUUGAGUGUGCUGCUGUGGUCCUCCACUCUCCUCUCACCUCUGGAAUGAGAGUGGCUUUCCCCGAUACCAAGAAAACAUACUGCUUUGAUGCCUUCCCUAACAUCGAGAAAGUGUCAAAGAUCCCAUCUCCGGUGCUCAUCAUCCACGGUACAGAGGACGAAGUGAUCGACUUCUCUCAUGGCCUGGCCCUGUUCGAGCGCUGUCCCAAGGCCGUUGAGCCCCUCUGGGUGGAGGGGGCCGGUCACAACGACAUUGAGCUUUACAGUCAGUACCUGGAGAGGCUACGGCGCUUCAUCAACCAGGACCUGGCUGCACAGCAUGCCUGAGAAACAAACAACGGCCUCUCUGCGUUUGUACGAAUGAGACUGUGUAUGCAUGUGUGUGCGUGUGACUAAGCGAGAAUGUCAGCAUGUUUGCAAUGUACGUGUGAGAGAUUGACCUCAAAUGAUUUGUGAUUUUUGUCACAUCUGUGUGUCUUUAAAGCGGCACACCUUUUACGUUACUUUUCAACACAACAUAUGUUCAAAUAAUUUCCUGUAUGAAAGGAGAGAACGGUUUUUAAUAUCAGUAGCUGUAUCCAUCUGUUUGGUGGAGUGUGGGUGAAACGCUAAAAACAAAAGCUGAGAUCAAACAACUUCACAAAUCCUGUUUUUAAUGUGAGGAGAUUUAUGAAUUGCAGCUUUGAAAAGUGUCACUAACAUAACUUAAGAAGUAACAACAACGUGCUUCAUCCAGGAAGGCACACAGAUGUCAUUUUUAAGUAUACCGUGUUAGUGAAUGUGUGAGUCACGGAUGCAAGCGUUGAGUGUAAAUUCAUAUCUCCACAGACAUGCGUGCGCAUGUUUGUAUGUGUGUGAGAGUGUGUGUGAGGCAGUGCUGAAAGAAAUGAAGGACAUCCUGAUGACUUGGACGUCAGCAACUUAUUGAAACUUAUCAAUAUUGAUAUAUUUUUUUUUUUUUUUUUGUGAGUGUAUGUAUGAAGAAUACCUCCACAGCUUGACCAGUUCUCUCUCCAGUGGACAAAAGCUGGUCAAGCAUGUGCCCAACCACUCCUCCUCCACUCCUUGUUUACCUGUUAUGGACAUCCAUCUGACUGCCAGGGCAUUUCAAGUUGUUGUCCAGCUAACACUAACCUACUUUAUCUGUGUGUCAUCUGUUCGGUUAGGGGGUCCAUCUCCUUCCCUUUGGUGUCAGUUAGGCUGGAUACAUAAGGACUAGUCUGGAAUACUGUCAUAGCUUGUAAGGCUGUUGGGUGUCUCAUACUCUCCUUUCCCUCAUUUUUGACUCUGAAAAGAUUACAAAAUGGCAAGCUUCCUCUUUAUUCCCUGGCUGUGCUGUAGCUUUAGCCUUUACCUGUCCACAGAUAUUGCAGCAGCAACUUACAGGGAAUUAUUUUGAGUCCCCUUCAUUGCUUUUCUCCCACCAAACCUACAUAUUUGUGAUAAAGAAUGAUGGUGUGCUUGAAAUGGAAACAGGUCUUUGAUAGCCACACAGAGUAUAUCUCUUGUUUAUGUGGACAUUUAUUUGGCUUUAAUAGAACAGCUAUUAAAGUGCGGGUUUACUUCAUGUCACAUACGAUCAGUUGGGUCUAUCAGAAGGCUGUUGCCCUUCAGUACACUGAUGUGUGCUGUUAAAGGUUGGGCAGAGAGAGUGCACUGACUUGGUAACAGCAGGAUUAAGUCAGAUUUAGGGGUGUUGUUGGACAUUUAGAGAAAUAUGCGUAUUCCCUUUUUUUUGCUUAGAGUCAUAUGAGGAGAUUUAUGUGGAUGAACUUGAAGUCUUACAGCACAGUUUGUGUUACAUGUCCUGUUCCAGUAGCUCUCAUCACCAGGGUCAGACAGCCCCCGGUUCAUAUGCACAUUUGUUUCUAACGUUUUUUCGUCUUGAUGUAAUUAAUCCAAACGUGUUUGUCGUAGUGUGGGGCCAUGGAUUGUUUGUUUUCAGAGCCAUGCGUGUCGAUGUCAUGACUAACUCAUCAGAUCGGGUGUCAGGACGGGACAUCAUGCCUACUAUAGCUGUGUUUAACCUCUGUGGCCCUAAAUGUACAGGAGCUCUCUUAUGGGUGGCAGCACACUUCAUGUCUGACACAAGCCAUAUUUGAGCCUCUCACUGUUGGUGUGGUGCAGGUUCCACCACACACACACACACACACGCGCAUACACACCUUUGCACAUUAUCACACACACACACACACACACACACACACACACACACACACACACACACACACACACACACACACACACACACACACACACACACACACACACACAAUACUAGUACUGUAGAAUACAGUAUAUUGACACAUUUAUAUAUAUAUCAGAUCAAGCAUAACAAAAGCAGGUCUUAAGUUCAGCACUAUUGUACAAAGCAUCCAAAGUGUAAUAAGGGUAUAAAAUGUAAGUUUGUGUGUCUUGAUUAUUAUUGACUUGUCUUUUCAGGCCAGCAUUAAGGAUACUAACAUCACAUUUGAAUAACUAGGAAUUUGCCCUGUGUGUAGACCUGAAGAAGUCCAAGAACUGAUCUUAUGGUCGCAGGCUAGCACCACAUUUCAGAUCUACACAAGACGUCUGCUGCGUAGGAGACCCAUCAGUUUCAGUGAUAGUAGCUGCGUUUUUUUUUGUAAGGGAACAUGUACUGAACUAGCACUGAUCUGAUUACUCCAUUGUUGGAGUACAAGUGGGUCUUAGUGAACACCGCUCGCUUCCUGUCAUCACUUCAAACAGGGAAUCUUUCCAUUCUCAUCCUGUGCUUUGUGUCGCUGAUAUUUAAAUAAUGGAAAUCUGGUACCAUCUUGGACCAGGGAUCCGAGCUGAUAGAAGAAUUAGAGAGUCAUCAGCUCUCUCUGAAAGUAGAAGUAGGCCUCCGUUUCUUUCCUGGACUGGUCGUGUUAUCAGGGAAACCACUGGAUCCACCUUUCAUUCAUGGGGUUAAAGAAACGGGGUGGAGACUUUCCGUUUUAUUGAUGCACCACUAUGGUUGACGUAUAUUGUAUCCUCUGGCCCUGAAUGUGUAUUGAUGGGGGUGGGGGUGGGGGGUUGAACAGUGAAAACUGUAUGCAUGUCUAUUGUGUUUUGCCAGGCAAGUGAUGGGGUGGGACGUUAUCUCUAUUAUGUAUUCUAUGUGAAGGUAAAGCUGAACUCAUGGCAUUGGAACAUUGAAGCGCUUUUGAAAAAAAACAACAAAAAAACGGGACGUUUAUUUGAAUUUUUUAAUUGCUGAUACUAACUGAUGUAUUGUUAUGAGUUUUGUGCUAGAGUUUGAGCGGGGCAGUGUUAGGUGGGUGGGGGGCUAGACUAUAUUAGUGGGCUGUUUAUAUGGUUACUGUACUUACCUAUUCUAUUCUUUGUAUUAUGAUUUGUAAUUUUAUGUUGCUUUUUUGAACUGAGAAUAUGAUGUAAUGAAAUUAAUUCAUGGGACUGAAUCUUGACCUUUUUAUGGACAACUAAAUAAUAAAAAAGACUUAUGUA